UAGGGCGAAUUCUGUGGUCGAGAUUUUGUAUAUUUGAUUCAAAUCAGUCAUGUGAGGGUGCAGCUAACUUGUAGAGCGAUAUCUAAAUGUUGUAAGAACAGCAAAACCAGUGGAAGCUUGAUGCAGACGUUCGGUUCUUGUUCCAAACCAAGGUCAAAGGGGUGCCAAGAGAAUCAUCAUGGCUGAGGAUGCUGUACCAUCACUUGGACGACUAAAACUUAGCUAAGAUUACGAUUACCAGCUAGCUGUAGCACCACAGAAGGCAUGUUUCCUCUCAGUGGAGCCAGCGAUAGUUCACAACUGUCCUUGCUGAAUGACUCGGAAAAUGCGUCGAAGUGGAAGGGCAUUUUUGUUGCAUCCCUGCAGAAGGUUCAGAGGCAGGUGCACCCAUCUCUGGCAGCGCGGGAAGAUGCACUGGAGUAUGUGGAAGGGCUGAUCCUGCGCCUACUGGGCAUGCUGUGUUCCACGCAGCCACAUAUUGUACAGGAUGUGGAAGAUCGGGUGAAGAAAACCUUCCCAGAGCCCAUUGACGAGUGGGCUAUCCGGGAUGCCCAAGCAGCCCUGGAGAAGGGCAAGAAGAAAUCACCACUGGUCCUGCCUGUGGAAAAAAUACACACCCUGCUAGUGAAGGAUGUGCUGGGUUAUAAGAUAGAAUCUCAGGUAUCGAUGUACAUCAUUGCUGUACUGGAGUAUAUUGCUGCAGAUAUCCUCAAGCUGACAGGGAACUAUGUGAAGAAUAUCAAGCACAGUGAAAUAUCCUGUCAGGAUAUCAGGGUGGCCAUGUGUGCUGAUAAGGUGCUAAUGGAUAUGUUCUUCCAAGAUGAAGAGGUGUCAUUAAGCCUAGAGGAUGAGCCUGCACACAGAAAGUCAUUGACUUAUGAAAGUAUUGUGAAGGACUUCAUACUGGAAGAGGCCCAGUAUAUCAGAGAUCUCAAUAUGAUUAUCAAAGUGUUCAGAGACCCUUUUGCUAAGCUCUUUCCCAGAAGUAAAGAUUUGGAGGUGAUUUUCAGUAGUAUUUUGGGUGUACUGGAGUGCACAAUAAACUUGCUCAGUUCUAUAGAGGAUCAGGUGGAGGCGACAGGAGAGAAUGAGGUGCCGCUGAUAGGGACCUGCUUCAUGGAGAUGAUUGAGGCCCAGGAGUUUGAUGUCUACGAGACUUACGUUGAGGAUAUUGUGAAACCAAAUGGUCGUGACAGACUGAACACACUUGUGCGGAGAGACGAUGUCAACGCAAUGAUCCAGCAUAAGUUUGGCCCUGGAUUCAAAGAGGCUAUAAAGUAUGUGUUACCAAAGCUAUUACUGGGUCCCAUUUACCACUGUCUCCAUUAUUUUGAAAUACUGAAGGUGUUAGUUGACACCAGUCCGACUGAGGAGGAUAGAGAGUUUUUAAGUCAGACCAGCGGAGUGCUGCUAAAGUUGAAAUCAUCACUGGAGAAAGAGUUCAGUGGCAAUUUACCCAAGAGGAGACCCUGGGAGACAUCAUUAAGACUUCAGAGUCGGACUGGCCGUAAGGCUGCAAUGGCCAAGAUGACAGAGUUACAGAAGAGUAUAGAUGGCUGGGAGGGGAAGGACAUCUGGCAGAGCUGCAGCGAGUUUAUCAUGGAGGGUGUAUUGAUGAAGCACAUGGGCAGACGGUCAAUGGAACGUCAUGUGUUCCUGUUUGACAGCCUGAUCAUCUUGUGUAAGCAGAACGUCAAGCGCUCCUCCGUCACAGGACCUGUGGCCGAGUUCAAGCUCAAAGAGAAGUACUUUGUGAGGAAGUUAGACAUCACAGACCGAGAAGAUCAAGAAGAUAUAAAGCAUGCAUUUGAGCUGCAAGUGAGAGACAACCCUGUUGUGGUCCUGUAUGCAAAGACAGCUGAGGAGAAGAGUAACUGGAUGGCGGCCUUGAUAUCAUUACAAACUCGCAGUAUGUUGGAGAGGACCCUGGACUCAUUAUUGAAGGAGGAAGAGCGACAGCAGCCAUUGCGUCUACCUUCUCCUGACCAAUACAGGUUUGCCGAGGAGGACUCUGAUGAAAACAUUGUGUUUGAGGACAACCAAGACGCGUCAAUCGAGAGUCCUCUGAUCAAAGGUGGGACGAUCACUAAGCUUGUGGAGCGCCUGACUUAUCACAUGUAUGCUGACCCAAAGUUUGUCAAGACGUUCCUCACCACCUUCCGCUCAUUCUGCAGUCCCCAGGAGCUGCUCGAUCUUCUCAGCGAAAGAUUUGACAUCCCUGAGCCACCUGUUUUGACUAAUGGACUGGAGCAGGGGGAUCCUGGUACAACGGCAAGAGAUGAUUUGAAGAGGUUCCGCAAAGAGUAUGUUAAACCGGUGCAAUUCAGGGUAGUGAAUGUGUUAAGACAGUGGGUUGAUCAGCAUUACUAUGAUUUUGAACGGGACAACAGUCUCCUUCAGAAGAUGGUUAGCUUCCUGAACACAGUGAAAGGCAAGGCUAUGAAGAGGUGGUCAGACUCUAUCACCAAGGUUAUUCAGAGACGGACGGAGAGCCCUAGCCCGGAGAUUGAGUUCACCUACCUGACCCCUCCCCCUAACAUAGAGUGGCACAUCGCACAAACACGGGACCAGUUUGACCUUAUGACGCUUCACCCGAUAGAGAUAGCUCGUCAGGUGACGUUACUGGAGUUUGACCUGUACCGGGCGGUGAAACCCUCCGAGCUUGUUGGCUGUGUUUGGAUUAAGAAGGACAAAAGUAAAACCUCACCUAACCUGCUCAAGAUGAUACACUUUUCCACAAUGUUCACAUUCUGGAUGGAGCGGUGUAUCAUUGAGUCCGAGAACCUGGACGAGCGUGUGGCGGUGAUAUGCAGGGUCAUGGAGAUCAUGCUGGUCUUUCAAGAACUCAACAACUUUAAUGGGGUUCUGGAGGUGGUCAGUGCUCUCAACUCGGCUCCAGUCUACAGGCUUGAGCAUUCCUUUCAUAAAGUGCCAAAUAAACUGAUGAGAGCCUUUGAUGAGGCUAAGGAACUGAAUUCUGGUCAUUUCAAGAAAUAUACGGAGAAGUUGAGAUCGAUCAAUCCGCCUUGCGUGCCGUUCCUAGGUAUGUACUUAACUAAUAUUUUAAAGACAGAAGAAGGAAAUCCGGAUUUUCUUCAGAAUCGUCCAGACGGUCUCAUCAAUUUUAGCAAACGACGAAAAGUCGCGGAAAUCACGGGUGAAAUUCAGCAAUAUCAGAACCAGCCAUACUGCCUCAAAUUGGAGCCAGAAAUACGGUCUUUCUUGGAGGGGUUGAAUCCACUUGAUGAGAUGUCAGAGAAGGACUUUAAUGAUUACCUGUACCAGGCCUCACUGGAUAUAGAGCCCAGGGGAAUGAGACAGGCGGCCAAAUUUCCAAGGAAACGAGAGUACAGUUUGGAUUCUCCCGGUACUCGUCCGUCAUCUAGUCGUCACAGUACAACACGCCAUCAUCCAUUUCAAAUACCUGACCAAAAACCAUUUGGAUAUCAGCGGAUUAACGAGGAGGAUUCCGAUCCCUCCUCCAGUCAUGACGCAACCCCUCCCACCCCCAGCACCCCCCUCACCCCAACAGAAUCCUCUGAGUCCAACAACAGCGUCUUUAGUAAUGUCUAUAUUCCACCAGGCUCUCAACCUCCUAAUCUGCUGGACUCGACGCUGCCUUCUGGGGUGUCUCACUCCAGUCAGUGGCCUCUUCUAGAGCCCCCAAUGGAGCCCCUCAAACCACCCCCCAGGGUUCCUCAAGGGGCCCCACUUGUUCCCCCGCGUCCGUCUCGGCAGAAGGAAGCAUUCUCACUGGACAGUAAUAAUUCUCUGCCUCGUCUCCCCCCGAGGAACCAUGGCAACACCCCUCCUCCUGUCCCACCUAGAAAGGACUCGAUUCCUGGCACCCUUCCACGGGCGCAUAGUGUGUCCGUGCCGCUCCGUCUCGUGCCCUCAAAUAGUGCUACCCUUCCCCGGCGCAACUCCGAGCGUGACACUCCCCACACCCCUAUGUUGAACGUUAACGGGGAAAGUUGUACAGUCCCCGAGUUGCCUCCAAAGACUGCCAAUUGUAUUCCAGAACUGCCCCCCAAGACGUAUAAAAGUCAACAUUCACGGAAACAGAGCAGCUAAAACCCCCCAAGGGACAGAGGUGUUGCACAGAAACAUGUCUAUACCCCUGAAUGCUUCCUUGGGAAGACUGUAGCCACAUAUACAGUGUUCUGCUUUCUGACAUGUGAUCAAACUUUGAAAACACUGAAGGAGUUUAACAGUGCUGUAAAUAACCUAAUAUCAAGGGUUUGUCUAAUGUCUAAUAUUGGUUUUGAGUGUCUGUGUACAUUGUUACAGUGGAAUAAUGCAAUACAGGAUGAAAUAGACAGCUUGUCAUUUUGGAGGGCGUCGGUGAUCAGCUUUAGCAAGCCAGCGUGGGCGUCCGUUCUUGAAAAGAGCUAGUCAGAUACCCUGGGUCAACUCUGAAGAUACAAAGGGCGUCAUUGUGAUUAAAAUGUACUGUACCUGGUACUAUGAAGGCACCCUGUGCUGUCAAAACACCUUAGGUUUAGAUCCAUGGAGGGAGUAAAAUAAUGGGCUUAAAGGAGUUGGGCUGUUGAGAGAGCGCACAGGAUACUUAAGUGGGAAAAUGUGUGAGUGAGUUUGUUUAAGUACCAGUAUGCUUAAAUGAGAUAAUGUAAUGUAUGAGUGUCAGUGAGUUAAAAUACCAGUAAGGUUAACUUAGAUAAUAUAGUGAAUGAGUGACAGUGAUGUUAAAUACCAUUAAGUUUGUAUUGGAUAAUGUAUGAGUGAGUUAAAGUACCAGUAUGUUUCAAUAAGAUAAUGUGUAACAUAUGAGUGAGAUAAAUUACUGUACAUGUACUAGUAAAUUUGAGUGAGAAUGUAAUGUUUGAAAGAGAUAAAAUACCAGUAAGGUUAUGUAUGAGUGGAAUAAAAUAAGUGUACCAGUAAAUUUCAAUGAGAUAAUGUAAUGUCAGUAAAAUAUUAGAAUGUACCGGUAAUGCGUGAGUGCGAUAAAAUACAUGCACCAGGAAAUUUGAAUGAGAUUAAUAGUGCAUUAGUGAAGUUGAAUGGGAUACAAAGACGAAUGAGUAAGAAUGCCUUGUGUAAGCGAGCUUUGGAUUAGAUAAAACGUUUGACAAAGGUUUGAAUCUGUUUGAUCCAGGGACAAAUCAGGGAAUGUGAUGCCAGGACUCUUAUAACUGUGAUCUGUGAAUCAAGAAAAUUCACUGUUCUGAAAGGGAAUUUUGUCUUGUUUGACAAAAUAAUACUUGAACAGUUAGUCACCUGCGCACUCUGCUGGCAAGAACUUCUCAGCAGGCAGUGGGUUUCAGAAUUGAAAACAAUUAUCUAAACACUAAGCACGUGUCGAGCUAAGGUGGGUAGGGAAAGAAAGAACAGGCUGAUCUUGUGCAUUAGUGAAGUGAGUUUAUUGGACGCAUUCUCAAGAAUGGAUGUGAGAACAGAAUGGCUUCGAAGUAAGAAUUUUGCUAUUUGAUGUGAACUGUUAUUGGCAAUUCAACAGAGCGGUUUGAGAUGAGGAAAGAAAAUGAUGCAUGGCAGAGCUAGGAUUUGUGUGAAACAGGAGAGCAGACGCUCAUGUUUUGGGUUAUAGUGUAUAUCUCUGGUUGAGAAAACGAAAGUGAAAGUCCUUGAGCGGGAUUGUGUCUAAAACUGUUACCAGGCCAGACUUUGCUGAUAAUCAUUUGGCUGCUGAAUUAGAUUGUGGUGGAAGAUUAAAAUAAUGUGAAAACUGUGAAGAUUGCAAUACAAGUGUUGACAGACCCAGUGACUAGAUGGUGUACUACCGUGUGCGAUACUGUGAUGGCCCAUACGGAUACUGUGAUUGCCCAAAUGAAUAGUGUGACGGCCCUCAAUAACAUUCAGAAAUAAAACACAGACAGGACUGUGCCUCUUCGGCUGUAAGCUGAAAUAGUGUAUUAAAAGACAGCUUAUAUACAAAACCAUGUUGUAUAUGUACAGAUAUAUAGAUAGUCAUUGAGUUUUACACAAUGUUAGUUUUCUGUGUUCGUGUAAGUACAGCGUCCAGUGUCACCUGUUCUUCCUAGUGAACUACCUUUAACCCAGCAUGUGAUGGCCGCAUUCUCCAAGAGGUGCGCCACUGGUUCCUGCUUGUAUACAAAUGGACUGUACAACGCUUGCUCGACAGUUUGCUCCAAGGCUGUAAUUCAAUCUAAUCUGAACAAAGAUGACGUCGUGCCAUGUUUACAUAUUGCAUUAAUCCGCUUUUUGUGAUUCAACAGUAAAUCAUUAUUAGUAAUUGGCAUUUGCAACAUCGUCCAACUGAAGUGAUUUUCACGAAAACAUGCACAUAUAGAUCCAUGCGUGGUUAACAGCAUACUGUUUGGUAUAUCAAUAUUUUCCAGCUCCAAAGACUUGACUUAGCUUAGACAGCAGUUACACGCUCCCUUUAUAGUUGCAGAUCUCCCUGAGAAGUUUUGUACAAGAUUUACGGCUCCUGGUAUUUUGAAUGAUCGCCAUAGGUUUGGUCGGCCAAGCUCCAUUAGUUACAUAGCGCUAGCUGAAAACCUUCGCGAUAGUUGUACUGCGUUGUCUUAAUACGGAAACCACGAAAUCAUCGUUAAAAAGCAAGCUACAAGAAGACAUAUAACCCAAAUCUUCCGGUCAAAUGCUAACGCUGGUCUGGCACACUUAUCUACGUACUUUCGCAUUAUUCCGCGUAGUCUCUGGUAAUGGUUUUAUCUGGCGAAAAAAUUUUCACACUUUUUCUGAUUAAGUGAAAUCCGUGACUUGCAGAAGCUAGUCAGUCAUUCCUUUGGAAAAUAAUACUAAACGAAAUGAGCCUUGAAUUCAUUUUUGGGUAAACUACUAUUCUAACUUUUAUUGGAGUGUUGCAUACUGAGGAAGUGUGUUUCAUACGCCCUGUCGAUGAACUCUUGUAAUAAAUGGCAAAGGUCAGGUUGAACUACUUGUAAAGAGGCUAGGGAUACAAGUCGUCCUUAACUACACUACACUUAGUAGUGCCAUAAACCUAAACCUUUAAAGGAUAGACAUUGGACAUUCAUACAGGGUUCAAACGUUAUGCCAGGCACGAAUUAAGAUUUGGUAAAACGCGUCUGGGCCAUGUACUUUCAGUCUGACAAAUGUAUUGGUCCAUGUUUUCAAAGCGAUGGCCGCCCUCAUUUCAAAAUUACAAGUGAUGGUCAUUUAAUGGCCUGAACAGUCACUGGUUGACUUGCUCAGCAAUCUCUCCAACAAAAGUAUCAUAGAUUCCUGUUACACUGACCUGACAGUGUACCCCUAUUCUUAGUUCAGCGAGACCACUUCAAAGAGCAGCGUGGAGAAAAUCUCUCCAUUAAACAGAUUUCGAAACUUUUUAACACCACGAAGGUUUUUUGUUUUUUAAAGGAAGGAAACUUGUUACGCUUGUGUUUUUUGCCUUGUAUUUACCACUUGAAAAAAAUUAUGUCUUGGCAACUUUAUCAUCUCCCUAAUACAUGUUGACGAAUUUGGAUUCCUUUGUGACGUUUCCAGGUAUAUUAGCGGCCAAAUUAAAAAAAAAUCUUGAGGGGAGUUGUUCAG